GUGACAACAUUCAGACAGCUGUAACUGUUGCCAAAAAUGCUGGGAUGAUUUCUCCAAUGAACAGAGUGAUUCUUGUGGAAGCAAACAAAAUGCCUGGAUCUUCUUCAGCAUCUAUAACCUGGAAACCACUAGAAGAAAACAAAACUGAAAAUUACAGAAGCCUGGAGGAUGACAGUCAGACUGAAAGAAGAAUCAAGCUGGCAUUGGGAUCAGGCCAAUAUCAUUUUGCCAUGAGUGGAAAAUCUUACCAAAUUGUAGUACAGCAUUUCAGGCACUUACUUCCAAAGCUCCUGCUGGAUGGAACAGUUUUUGCUAGAAUGUCUCCUGGUCAGAAAUCCAGCCUUGUAGAAGAGUUUCAAAAGCUGGAUUACUUUGUGGGCAUGUGUGGAGACGGAGCCAAUGACUGCGGGGCUUUGAAAGUGGCGCAUGCAGGGAUAUCACUGUCAGAGCAGGAGGCAUCUGUGGCUUCACCUUUCACAUCCCGAACCCCCAGCAUAGCAUGUGUGCCAGAGCUAAUCAGGGAAGGCCGCGCUGCCCUCGUCACUUCCUUCUGUAUGUUCAAGUACAUGGCACUGUACAGUAUCAUUCAGUACCUUGGUGUUCUCCUACUGUACUGGCAACUAAACUCCUUUGGGAAUUACCAAUUUUUGUUCCAAGAUCUGGCUAUUACCACUGUAAUUGGUGUGACAAUGAGUUUCACAGGUGCCUAUCCAAAGCUGGUUCCCUACAGGCCUCCUAGCCAACUCGUUUCACCCCCAUUGCUGCUCUCUGUUGUACUUAACAUCGUCUUCAGCCUCAGCAUGCAGAUUUUUGGAUUUUUGGUGGUCCAGGAGCAGCCUUGGUAUUCCAAGACUAAUAUACACAGUGCCUGCCUCCCAGUGAAAAACCACAUGGAGAAUUCUUCCUCUGUUUCCAGCCUGGGGCUCCAUGGGAUGAGAGAUGAAGCCCUUGAGCAAACAGACAAUGGCUACAAAAGCUAUGAAAACACCACAGUGUGGUUGCUGAGUACCAUCAACUGCCUCAUCGUAGCACUAGUGUUUUCCAAGGGAAAGCCCUUCAGGCAACCCAUCUACACAAACUAUAUAUUCAUACUGGUGCUCACAGGGCAGCUGGGCAUUUGCCUCUUCUUUGUGUUUGCUGAUAUUGAUGGUCUCUACUCUAAGAUGGAUCUCGUCUGCACCCCUACCAUGUGGCGGAUCUCCAUAGUGAUAAUGCUUGGAGUCACACUUGCUGUGUCCUUCCUUGUCGAGGAAGCUGUCAUCGAGAACAGACCCUUAUGGUUGCUUCUGAAAAAGACCUUCGGGUACCACUCAAAGAGCCAUUACAAGAGGCUGCAGCGGGUGUUAGAGCAGGACUCAGCCUGGCCACCUGUGAAUGAAACCUUCUUCUCAGAUUCUGUGACAAUAUCAGUAGAGGGAAAUAUGGGAGGCCAUAGCAAUCCAACAUUUGACAGCAAUGAGGAUGCACUCUGA